GCUGGGGGCUGUGCGGAAGAAUGAGCUGCCGAAUGCCGGGUCUGCGUCCCACCAAGCCAGACUGGCAGAAAGUGGAGUCCGGCCCGGAUUGGAGCUCGCCGCCGACUGAUCAAACUUUCGAAAAAAAGUGUGAAAAAUUUCCCAGUAAUAAUUGUCAAGCGUAACCAACCCACCACGAACCUUCCUGCCUGAACUUCCUCCGCGCACAUACCACUUCGCCUCUUGUGCUUGGGAAGGAAGGAACACGACGUUAAUCCGCAACGAACGAGGCAGGAGCUGCAGAGGGAUUAAUCGCGAAUCACGUCUUGCUUCCCGCCGCCAUGUCGCUCUUUGUGCUGGCCGAGACGCCGGCAGGCUACGGUCUGUUCAAGUCCGCCGACAAGAAGUUGCUCAAAAAUGACAACCUUGCCGAGGAACUCGGGCGUCCCGAGAAGUUGGUCGAGAUGUUGAAACUGAAGAAGUUCGUCAAGUUCGACAGCGCUGCCAUGGCCCUCGAGGAGGCUGCUUCGUUGAAAGAAGGCAAGAUUCCCGAGCUUCUGUCGACCCUCCUCGAGGAUCUCAAGUCCGAGAAGAAGGCCUCUCUCGCCGUUGCCGACAUUAAGCUCGGCACCUCCAUCUCGAACCUUGCCGAUGCCAACAUUACCGCUGUCGCUGGCUCAGAUACCGUUGACCUGUUCCGUGGUGUGCGUGAGCACCUGUCGUCGCUCAUCCCCGGUCUCGAGACCGAGAAUGUCGACCGCAUGGCCCUGGGUCUGUCGCACUCCAUGUCGCGCCACAAGCUCAAGUUCUCCGCCGACAAGGUCGACUCCAUGAUCAUCCAGGCCGUCAAGAUGCUCGACGACAUUGACAAGGAUCUCAAUGUCUACGCCAUGCGCACCAAGGAGUGGUACGGAUGGCACUUCCCCGAGCUUGCCCGUACCUUGAACGACAACGUUGCGUACGCCCGCAUUGUUCUCGCCGCAGGCAUGCGCUCCAAUAUUGCCGAGACAGAUUUGUCUGAGAUCCUGCCCGAGGAGCUCGAGACUGCCGUCAAGGCUGCCGCCGACAUCAGCAUGGGCACUGACAUCACUGAGGCCGAUCUCGCCAACAUCAAGUCUCUCGCCGAGCAGGUCGUCGACUACUCUCAGUACCGCUCGGAGCUCUCCUCUUACCUGGAGAGCCGCAUGCGCGCCAUUGCGCCCAACCUGACCACUCUUGUCGGCACUCUGGUUGGCGCUCGCCUGAUUGCCCACGCCGGUUCCCUGAUCAACUUGGCCAAGUCCCCCGGUUCUACUAUCCAGAUUCUCGGUGCCGAGAAGGCUCUUUUCCGCGCUCUCAAGACCAAGCACGAUACACCCAAGUACGGUAUCAUCUACCACUCGUCGCUCAUUGGCCAGGCCACCGGGCGUAAUAAGGGCAAGAUCGCACGUAUGCUGGCUGCCAAGACAGCUCUUGGUCUCCGUGUCGAUGCUCUCGAUGAGGAAAUCGAUGAGAAGGACGAGGAGGAGCGUACCGCUAUGGGCAUGACCAGCCGUAUCAAGCUCGAGAACCACCUCCGCAAGCUCGAGGGCAAGGCACCUCUUCCUCGCGGCACCAAUGUUGACCCCUCUGGCAACAUUGCCGCUCCCGGACAGUUCACGCUCAAGGAGACUCGUAGGUACAACACCGACGCCGAUGGCGUGACAGAGGAAGCCAACGGCGAGACCCCCAAGAAGAGCAAGAAGGACAAGAAGAAGAAGAUUGAGGUUGUCGAGGAGUCUGAUGACGAGAUGGCCGAUGCCAACGGUGCGGACGACAGCGACGACAAUGCGGCUGCCACAACCCCUGCCAAGGCGGCCAAGCUUUCCGAGGCUGACUACGAGCGCCUGGCCGAUGCUGCGGGUCUCUCCGUCAAGAAGUUCAAGCGCAAGUACGAGCGUGGUGACGUGGCUCUGAACGAUGACGGCACCCCUCGCGUGUACAGCAAGAAAGAGCUCAAGAAGCUGCGCAAGGCCGAUGAGGGCUCGACACCGUCCAAAGCGGCCGCCGUGGAGACUGUCACCGUCGAGAAGAAGAAGAAGCGCAAGCACGACUCGGACGACGACGAGGAUGAGGUAGUGGAGAAGAAGGAGAAGAAGCAGAAGAAGAAGAAGCGCCAAUCGACCGAUGCCUAGGAGGCGACAUGGACACAGAGGCCUAGGCGGGUGUGAAUCUUUCCUGUUUCUCAUAUUUUUCUUGUACGCUACGUGGAUACCUCGAGGAGACAACGCUGUCUCGAUGUUUCUUGGUGACGCCGUUGGCUCUAGGCGUUCCGGAUAGGGUGUUUCUUUGGCAUUUUUUAUCUCUUUUUACGGUGGGUCUGGGAAGGCGUGGACAAGCAAUCUUGCUUCAUCUGAUUAACAUCAGUUCAAUGUCUCAAUGACACAUAUUCAAACAA